UUGCUCUCUGUCCAGCUUGUAGUCGCUCCUCAACCACAUUUGGCUUCUAUCUGGCUACUCUCUGGAUGGUACCAAUUAUUCAACUGAAGCAAGGUACAUAACUAUUUCACCUGUACUCAAUCUACCUGCCUGCUUCAGAUUUAUACUACGAAGCACCGAUAUGCCAGAAACUGGAGUAUCGGCGUACUAAACGUUUCUGAUAUGGGGAUACGCACGAUACGGCUAGGAUACGGUUAUCGGCGAAGUAUCCUAUUUUCUGAUUUAAAAAGAAAAGAAAAAACGUCGAUACGUCCUGUGCAUCGUCUACGAUACGGGAGCGACAUGGCAGCCCACUGGAAGGCCCAUGGCUAACCCUAGCAUCUGGGCCCCCUCUCUUUUGUUUUAUUCGCACGACAGGAGCUUGCACGAGGGAGCCGUCGCCGCUGGACAAGCCUCCCCGCCGGCCGCAGCCGCAGACUGGAGUCACUCGCCGCCUAGAGUGGCUCACCGGCGCCGCUGGAAUUGCCUCGCUGCCGCCUCAACUCGCCCCCACCGGCUGGAAUCGCCUCUCCGCUUGAAUCUUCUGCUCUUCUCCACCGCCGUCGCAACUCACAAGAAACAGAUCGACAAGAAAUUUAUCUGCUGGAGCUUGCAAACAAGAUUGACAAUUGAUGAGUGUAAGCCCAAAAUGAAAUAAAUGUAGUGGCUGGAGAUCCACAGAUCUGACAGUUAAUCAUGCGAACUGAGGUUAUAAAGGCGGACACCAUUGAUGCAGCUGCUGAACGAAUUCUUGAUGAACUCAAAAACACUAGAAGCAGAGAGAAUGCUAUCUACUUUGAUGGCUGGGAUGGCCUGGGGGCAUCUGCCGUCCUGCGAGCCGUGGCCCAGCGGCUGGCACCAAAGGAACAAACAAGGCCCCCAGGACUGGAGUUUGAGCAAGUCAUCCACAUUGACUCCUCAAAGUGGGAGAGCAGAAGAGCGGUGCAGAGGGAAAUCUCAGAGCAGCUGAAGCUUCCCGGUUGGGUGAGGAAGAUGUUUGACAAGCAAGAUGAGGAUGAUGAUUUCAGCGGUAUGGAUCAAGGCUCUCGCACUGAGAUAGCAGAAGUCACGGCUGAGAUCCAUAGGAGCAUGCAGAGCCGCAGGUUUCUUCUGGUUCUUCACAACGGAAGCAGCGAGGAGAUUGACACAUUUAACCUCGGUCUUUCCCUAUAUGGAUACUUGAGUAGCAAGAUGCUUUGGACCUUCCAAGGGAGGUUUCGGCUCGACCCCAAGCUGCGAGACAAGGUUGUGGCAAAGAACACAACUGAUGUUCUUCUCUCAGCUUCGCGCUCUAAGCGAGACCCACAAGAUCUCUGGUCCUAUCUACUUCUUGAAGAAGCUAAGGACGUCUCCUGCAAGCAUGGCCUGGAUCCUGCAACUGUUGCUGAGUGCUACUCGUACAUGUUGGAGCGGAGUUACAUGAGCCAAAAUAUCAUUGACUAUGAGUGGACUCUCCAUGCGAGUAAAUGGCACUGACAGUCAUAUAACUUGUGCGGUGGGUGCACUUUAGUCACACUACUCACAAUCCGAAAAUACUGGUCACAGAACUUGUGCUUCGGAUGCAAGUUGGUCAAAACUGACCGACUCCGUUAGUUUUUUUGCAGCAAACCCCCAAAA